AUGGCGGAAUCGCAAUUCAAAGAGGGCAAGCAUAGCCCCCUUCAGCCCGGUCACGCCAUCCCGGUGAGCCACCAGGAGUUCCCGGGCAAGGAGCACGAGAUGCCGCUCCAGGCGCAGUACGACAAGCUGCCGACGGAGGGCGGCGGGUACCAGCGGUACAAGGCGGCCGGCAAGCUGGACGGCAAGAAGGCGCUCAUCACGGGCGGCGACUCGGGCAUCGGCCGCGCCACCGCCGUCCUGUUCGCCAUGGAGGGCGCCGACUCCUUCCUCGUUUACCUGCCCGACGAGGAGAAGGACGCCCGCGAGACGAAGCAGAUUGUCGAGGCCCGCGGCCGCAGGUGCUGGCUCAUGGCCACCGACCUCUCCCGCCGCGAGAACUGCAAGCAGGCCGUCGACCAGGCCCUACGCCAGACGGGCGGCAUCGACGUCCUCUUCAACAACGCCGCCUACCAGAACAUGACCGACGACAUCCACAGCCUGAGCGAGGACCAGUGGGUGCGGACCUUCGACACGAACAUCCACCCGUUCUUCUACCUGAGCAAGUACGCGCUGCCGCACAUGGGGCGGGGGUCCGCGGUCGUCAACAACGCGAGCGUGAACGCGUACACGGGGCGGCCGGACCUGCUGGACUACACGGCGAGCAAGGGCGCCGUCGUCGCCUUCAUGCGCGGCCUCAGCAACCAGUUCGUCGGCCGCGGCGUCCGCGUCAACGCCGUCGCCCCCGGCCCCGUCUGGAUCCCCCUCGUCCCCGCCACCAUGACCGCCGCCGCCCAGCGCGACUUUACCUCCCCCAUGGGCCGUCCCGCCCAGCCCUCCGAGGUCGCCGCCUGCGUCGUCUUCCUCGCCGCCCCAGCGAGCUCCGCUAUCAGCGGCCAGACCAUCCACUGCAACGGCGGCGUCGUCGUCAACGGCUAGCCCCCCUUACCUAGAUGCCCCAGACGUGGCUCGGGAGUGCGAGGUGUGGGACCCGGGACAGUAGAGCGAUGGAAAGGGUUGAAAAGGGUGGCGUACUUGCUCCAGUCGGCUCGCCGGGUGCACUGUCUAUGAGCGGUAUGGCUGGGUUCGGGGGAGACGAGUAAUGAACACACAGGUAGUGCUGGCGCCUAUCCGAAGAUCCAGGCGUUGUGCCUUCGUGUGAUGCGUUCUCCCAUUCUCGGUCGACAAACCUUAUCAACAAUUAGCCAGGCCCUGGCUGCGUAGUCUAGCUUACCCGACUUUUUCCCUCCUUCUAUUUUUUUUCUCUCCUCGAAGCAUUAACCCCCUCACCGUGAAAUCAUUUCGCAUCCCCUUACCCCUAAUUAUGGGAAGGGGGAAAAUAGAGAGUACGCAACGAGAA